AUGGUGGCACCUCAAAGGACACUCCCAGGUGCAUCCACACCUCCAGAGACCUUUUCAGGGACGUUAGUGCCCCCAGAGACCUUCCUAGGGGUCCCAGGGGACCCUAUGGCAUGCUUGGUGCCCCCCAGUGUUGACGGUGCCCCUAGGGGCCCUCGCAACAUCAGUGGCAUACUCAGGUGCAUUCUUAGGAGCGACGGUACCCCAGGGACCCUGACUGGAGCAGCGGAGCCUGCAGGGACCUACCCAGGGGCAGCGCAGCCUCCAGCGACCAUCCCAGAAACCGUUCCAGGGGCAGUGGUGCACUGGAAACCCUCCCAGGUGGCAGCAGAGCCUCCAGGGACCAUCCCAGAGACCCUCCCAGAGAUGGUGGCACCUCAAAGCUCACUCCCAGGGGCAUCCACACCCCGAGAGACCUUUCCAGGGACGUUAUUGGUCCCAGAGACCUUCCUAGAGGUCUCAGGGGGCUCUAUGGCAUUACUGUGCCGCGACGCCCCUAGGGUGCCCCCCAGUGGUGACGGUACCCCCAGGGGCCCUUGCAACAACAGUGGCAUCCUCAGGUGCAUCCUCAAGAGCGACGGCACCCCUGGGACCCUGACUGGAGCAGCGGAGCCUGCAGGGACCUACCCAGGGGCAGCGCAGCCCCCAGAGACCAUCCCACAGACCGUUUCAGGGGAGAGACGGCUCCCCAGGGACCCUGACUGGAGCAGUGGAGCCUGUAGGGACCUUCCCAGGGGCAGGACAGUCCCCAGGGACCAUCCCAGAAACCGUUCCUGGAGCAGUGGUGCACUGGAAACUCUCCCAUGUUCGGUGGCGCCCCCAGGGACCCUUCCAGGGGCGGUGGUGCGCCUGGGGUCCCUCUCAUUGGAAGAGGAGUGCCAAGGGACCAUUGCAGGGGCAGCAGAGCCUCCAGGGACCAUCCCGGAGAUGGCGGCACCUCAAAGGACACUCCCAGGUGCAUCCACACCUCCAGAGACCUUUUCAGGGACGUUAGUGCCCCCAGAGACCUUCCUAGGGGUCCCAGGGGACCCUAUGGCAUGCUUGUCCUACAGGCCUGGCGCUCCCAGGGACUAUCUCAGGGGUGGUGGACAUAUCAGGAACCCUCCCACGUGCCGCGACGCCCCCAGGGUGUCCCCCAGUGUUGACGGUGCCCCCAGGGGCCCUCGCAACAUCAGUGGCAUACUCAGGUGCAUUCUUAGGAGCAACGGUACCCCAGGGACCCUGACUGGAGCAGCGGAGCCUGCAGGGACCUACCCAGGGGCAGCGCAGCCUCCAGCGACCAUCCCAGAAACCGUUCCAGGGGCAGUGGUGCACUGGAAACCCUCCCAGGGCCUGGCGCUCCCAGAGGACAUCUCAGGGGUUGUGGACAUAUCAGGAACCCUCCCAGGUGCCGCGACGCCCCUAGGGUGCCCCCCAGUGGUGACGGUACCCCCAAGGGGCCCUUGCAACAUCAGUGGCAUCCUCAGGUGCAUCCUGAGGAGCGACGGCACCCCUGGGACCCUGACUGGAGCAGCGGAGCCUGCAGGGACCUACCCAGGGGCAGCGCAGCCCCCAGAGACCAUCCCACAGACCGUUUCAGGGGAGCGACGGCUCCCCAGGGACCCUGACUGGAGCAGUGGAGCCUGUAAGGACCUUCCCAGGGGCAGGACAGUCCCCAAGGACCAUCCCAGAAACCGUUCCUGGAGCAGUGGUGCACUGGAAACUCUCCCAGGUUCGGUGGCGCCCCCAGGGACCCUCCCAAGGGCGGUGGUGCACCUAGAGUCACUCCCAUUGGAAGAGGAGUGCCAAGGGACCAUUGCAGGGGCAGCAGAGCCUCCAGGGACCAUCCCGGAGAUGGCGACACCUCAAAGGACACUCCCAGGUGCAUCGACACCUCCAGAGACCUUUUCAGGGACGUUAGUGCCCCCAGAGACCUUCCUAGGGGUCCCAGGGGACCCUAUGGAGCGACGGCUCCCCAGGGACCCUGACUGGAGCAGUGGAGCCUGUAGGGACCUUCCCAGGGGCAGGACAGUCCCCAGGGACCAUCCCAGAAACCGUUCCUGGAGCAGUGGUGCACUGGAAACUCUCCCAGGUUCGGUGGCGCCCCCAGGGACCCUCCCAAGGGCGGUGGUGCACCUAGAGUCACUCCCAUUGGAAGAGGAGUGCCAAGGGACCAUUGCAGGGGCAGCAGAGCCUCCAGGGACCAUCCCGGAGAUGGCGGCACCUCAAAGGACACUCCCAGGUGCAUCCACACCUCCAGAGACCUUUUCAGGGACGUUAGUGCCCCCAGAGACCUUCCUAGGGGUCCCAGGGGACCCUAUGGGACGGUCCCCAGGGACCCUGACGGAGCAGUGGGCCUGUGGGUCCCAGGGCAGGCAGCCCCAGGGACCAUCCAGAAACCGUUCCAGGGCAGUGGUGCACUGGAAACCUCCCCAGGUCGGUGGCUUUGGGGACCUCCCAGGGUGGAGUGCUCCGUUGGAAGAGAAUGCAAGGGAUGCAGGGCAUGCCUCCAGGGCCAUGAAUGUGGCUCAAGAAGACUUGUCCAAGAGACCUUUUAGGACGUGCCGCGACGCCCCCACGGUGCCACCCAGUGGUGACGGUGCCCCCAGGGGCCCUCGCAACAUCAGUGGCAUACUCAGGUGCAUUCUUAGGAGCGACGGUACCCCAGGGACCCUGACUGGAGCAGCGGAGCCUGCAGGGACCUACCCAGGGGCAGCGCAGCCUCCAGCGACCAUCCCAGAAACCGUUCCAGGGGCAGUGGUGCACUGGAAACCCUCCCAGGAGGACAUCUCAGGGGUUGUGGACAUAUCAGGAACCCUCCCAGGUGCCGCGACGCCCCUAGGGUGCCCCCCAGUGGUGACGGUACCCCCAGGGGCCCUUGCAACAUCAGUGGCAUCCUCAGGUGCAUCCUCACUGGAGAGCGGACAGGGACCUACCCAGGGGCAGCGCACCCCAGGAGACCCUCACCGAGACGGUGGAGCAGGGCGGAGCCUGCAGGGACCAUACCCAGGGGCAGCGCACCUCAGCCUCCAGCGACCAUCCUAG